AUGUUGUCAAAAGAAAUUUUAAAUAAACUUCGACAUUCAAGUUACUGGGAAAGGCCGUACACGCAGUGGACGAUAAAUACCUGGGACAAUUUUCAUUUCAUAAAUUAUCCCGAUAAGCCAAAAGUGUCGUCACAUCGCGAUUUAGGUAAAGAAUUGAAAGUGUUGGUAGAGCUAUUACGAAAGAAGGGAGAAAGCGUUAGCACUAAAGCGUCAACUGAAAGGGAAAGGCUACCUGAAGAAGAUCCUGUUAUUUCUAUUACAACAUCAAUCAACAACGCUUUAGAGAAUUCUUUACCGGAAAUCGUUCUAAAUACCAUACCAAAUCUGGUCUACCUUAAUUUACGUGACAAAUCAAACUCAACUAAUGAAUCUACUGAACAGCGUUUUCCUGAUGAGAUCACGAAUUGGUUGGAGUUUGAACAAGAAGUUCGAACAUGGCAACCGGAAGCAGAUAAAAAAUACCAAAAACCCACAUUUAGAACGCGUAAAAUCACUUGCGAGAAAGAUAUCUGGUCAGCAACAGAUGUGAAUAUCUGCGAUGCAUUAACACCAUUAGAUCGACCUAUUUUUUUUUGGAUGGCCGUGCUUUGA